UAUCUGACAUCGUUGGGCAGGCUUAUUAUUAUUUUUCUUAUUUUUGCAAGCCAACUAACGCAAAACAAACUCCAGCCAUGCAUGGGAUGACAUUUCAUUUUGGCCUUCAAGAGACCAUAUUGUUUGACCAAUGGGUAGUAUCCGAUCUAUCUGGGGUCCUCGGGUCGGUCAUCGGCAUCAUUAUCCUGGGUAUGAUCUACGAAGGACUGAAAAAUUAUCGCGAGUAUCUCAACGUGAGCAAAGCAAUUUACAAGCGCAAAGGAGAAACCGAAUCAAGAGCAAAAUCUAUAUUUUCAACGAUUCACGUAGUGCAAACGAUGCUACAAGGCGUCCAACUGAUACUGGGUUACUUACUCAUGUUUAUUUUCAUGACUUACAACGUUUACCUAUGCAUAGCUGUGGUAGUAGGAUCAGUUUUGGGCUACUUCGUAUUCUCAUGGAAGUACGCAAGGUGUGACAUAAGUGAAUGCUGCUCGUGA